AUGUUGCGUCGAGACAUCUUCUUCUGCGCGAGGAGUAGUAGUAAAAGUAGUAGUAGUAGUAGUAGUAGUAGUAUACUUGUAAGGAGGAAAGUGUUGAGAGCGAGUGGUGAAAGCAACGAAGAAGACAAUACUAAUCACAAACGAAGAAGACAAAGAAGACCAAUCGAAGAGAUGUAUAACUACUUUACGAAACCGGUCAAGUGCAACGAAUGUUUCGGGUACAACAGACGCGUGUGUGCUCACUGUCAAGGCAGAGGGAAGAUGACUGACCAACUUUUACGGAUGGUGAUGAUGAUGACAAUUGCUGCAGUCGAUGCGUUGGCCGCGGGUACGUGCGUUGCGACGCGUGCAACGGGACCGGUUUGA